UUCAAAACCCCGUUGUCCGCCGAGACAGAUCGCAACUCAUGGCUGAAGCACCUUCUGCCCUCCGUAUUGUUCUUAACCAGCCGGUGAAAGAGCUUGCGUCCGUACAAGCAUCAAGCCAUGGCGAUCGAAACCGAAUUAUCGAAGUAUUUAGAAAUGCCAUCUUACGGCCAGGUUUGCCAGAAAAUUUUGCACUUCAGGUUGUGCAAGAAGCUAUGAAGCCUCAGAAGCAAACUGUGUUGGUCCUGGAUGAGAACCAAUCUUUGGAAAAUGCUGUUCGAACUUUGCUUCAGGAUCUAGUGUCAGCAGCGGUUAAUUUGGGCGAAAGGACCAUGCAGUAUGGACAACAAAUUGAUAAUGAACAAAGCAGCUGUGGUUACAUACCACGCCUUCUAGACAUUGUUCUCUUUCUCUGUGAAAGAGGGCAUAUUGAGGGAGGUAUGAUAUUUCAACUGCUUGAAGACUUGACAGAAAUGUCAACUAUGAGGGAUUGCAAACAAGUUUUUGGCUAUAUCGAGAGCAAGCAAGAUACACUAGGGAAGCAAGAGUUAUUUGGGAGAGGUAAGCUUGUGAUGCUGAGAACUUGCAAUCAACUUCUUCGGAGACUCUCAAAGGCAAAUGAUGUUGUGUUUUGUGGGCGCAUUCUUAUGUUCCUUGCUCAUUUCUUUCCUUUGUCUGAACGAUCAGCGGUUAAUUUCAAAGGGGUUUUUAACAUAUCAAAUGAAACCAAGUAUGAAAAAGACGGUUCUGAUGGAGUCUCUAUUGAUUUCAACUUUUACAAGACCUUUUGGAGCUUGCAGGAUCACUUCAGAAACCCAGCUGCCACAACGCUCCCCCCUGCCAAGUGGCAAAAGUUCUCGUCAAACUUAAUGGUUGUGUUGGAUGCAUUUGAAGCUCAGCCAUUGAGUGAUGAUGGUGGAAAUGUGAAUAAUCUUGAGCACGAGGAAGCUUCUUUUAACAUAAAGUAUUUGACAAGCAGCAAACUAAUGGGGUUAGAGCUGAAAGAUCCUAGUUUUCGGCGCCAUAUUCUUGUGCAAUGCCUUAUAUUGUUUGAUUAUCUUAAGGCCCCGGCAAAGAGUGAGAAAGAUUGCCCCAGUGAUAGCAUGCUAGAAGAAAUCAAAUCCUGCGAACAACGUGUUAAAAGACUUCUUGAAAGCACUCCACCAAAAGGAAAGGAGUUCCUUCAAAGUAUAGAGCAUAUACUGGAAAGAGAAAAGAAUUGGCUUUGGUGGAAAUGGGAUGGUUGCCCACCUUUUGAGAAGCAAGCUUCGGAUAAGAAGACAGGACAGGAUGGUGUGAAGAAACGCAAGCCAAGGUGGAGAUUGGGAAACAAAGAGCUUUCACAGCUAUGGAAAUGGGCGGAACAAAAUCCGAAUGCUUUGAGUGAUCCUCACCGUGUUCGUAUGCCUUCAGUCGCAGAGUACUGGAAACCCCUUGCCGAAGAUAUGGACCCUGCUGCUGGAAUUGAAGAGGAAUAUCAUCAUAAAAAUAAUCGUGUUUAUUGCUGGAAGGGCCUUCGUUUCUCAGCCAGACAGGACUUGGAGGGUUUUUCUAAGUUUGCAGAACAUGGAGUCGAGGGCGUUGUACCUCCAGAACUUUUACCUCCUGAAGUUCGUUCCAAGUUUCACGUCAAGUCUAGCGAGAAAAAUAAGCGAGCUAAGAAGGAAGAAGAGUCCAAAAAUGCCACCAGACAACCGGAAGACAACCAGCUAUUUCAAGUUGCUGCUACUGGAGCUGAUGCUGAAGGUGGCGGAAGUGGCGCUGAGAUGGAUGAUGGGGCUGCUCCUAUGGAUUCUGAUGCUGCAACUGCAGCUAGCUCUCAUGGCGGGGUUGCGAGCCCAGAAGACGGCGAGAAGCAGAGCCCGGACAUUGUCGUCGCCAGCCAGGAGGCCGGGCAGUCUGAGGCUGAAGGCGAACUAGAAGCUGAUGUUAAAGACUGAUUGGCAAGUUUAAAAAUUCAAGUUUUAAGAGUAAUUGAUGAUGUUAUAUCAAUCGUCUAUAGGAACUUUUUCCCCCCCUCUUUUCCCUUACUGAAACAAAUUUAAAAUUGAUGACUUUAUCAAUCUACUGAUGAUCGUAUGAUGGAGAAGUAAUUUAAAAUGAAUU